GAUUAGCAUAGCCAAGAUCAGAGGCGAUGAAAAUGGACGCGAUUUGUUGCGGAAAGAUGGAGGAGAGAUCGUCGUCGUUCCGGCGGGUAGGAAGGAGUAACAGCACGCUUGUAGCGUCGGAACUGGAGGCUUCCGAGGCGGCGAGAAUCGUUGGUUACAGCAGGCUAUCACAAUCUAUGCGCGUGUACGAUGAGCCGGCGAGCUGCCGGUACGAUAAGAGGAGGAAGAACAAAGCAUUGGCUUUCCUCAUGAAGGUAUUUUCCUGCAACAACGCCGGCGACGCCACCGCGAUCGAAGGACAGACGGCGGAGAAGGCGGCGGAGCGGAAGAAACGGCAGUCGUCUUGGCUUCCGGAUCACCGGCGGAGAUGGCCUGUUCAAGGAUGGGGAAAGGGGAUGGAGAAUGAAGAAAAAGGUGCAGAGGUAUUGGUUGAGCAGAAGAAGAAGAGAAAACAGCCCAUCAUAUUACCUAAUCCUUACCGCCGGUGGCCUGUACAAGGAUGGUGAAAUCAAACAAUUCUGCAAUGUGCAUUAACAUUGUAGUGGUAAUAGGCCUGGUAAACUAAGCUCACAAAGGACCUACUUGAAUACUUGCAAUACUACACAAGUGAAUGAAUAGAGGAAAUGUUUUGUUUCUCCUUGUAAA